GUCAAAAAAUACCCCUCCACCACAUGCUCCUCAACAAUCAAAAACAAAAUACGGCAACGAAUUUCCACUUCAUACAGUAUAUCUCUUUAAUUUAUACUAUGAGCAACUUCAUUUCAAUCGAUUAUUCUUCAUAGUUCAACAUAACAAUCUAAAUGUUCAAGAGCAAAUUAUAAUUCGUCGUGACCUAAAAAAUAUGGGAGCAGAUAUAACAAUGAUUCGAGGGUCGGUCUUAAACGCUGUUAUCAAACAGUCAGUGACUUAUCAAAAUUUGGCACCGUUAAUUGUAGGACCUGUUGCAAUGAUCUCUUCAAAUGUUUCAGAAGAGAAAAAUCCCAAAUUGGUUUCGGACAUUUUGAAUAUUAUUAAUAAUCAAAAGAAGUUACUAUUGAUGGGUGGUAAACUGGAUUCUUCAUUGUUAAAUGUGGAAGAUGUUGAACGAAUGUCUAAACUACCAAAUAAAAAACAAUUACAAACUGAAGUGGUUGGCAUGUUGAGUGCACCAGCGGCAAAGAUUAUAGAAAUACUUAACAGAAAUUCGCAAAGUUUGGUGAUGUCUUUGGAGAUGCAUAAAGCGAAUCUUGAUAAAAAGAGUUAA